GACGACGUGAUUCGGGAGCAAAUGCAGCUCGCCGAGGACCAAGCGGAGCAGAAGGAAUUGGAAAAACUCAGUAACAUCGCGAAGGGCAUUAUGGGAGCGUCAGCGAUUUGAAAUCGAUAGAAAAAGGCGAGAGAAUCUGUCAUGCAUAAAAUGCAAGGCACAGGAUUAUGUCCACUGCUGUAUUGGAGAGCAGGCUAGUGAGACCGAGUGUGGGCCUGUUUAUUGUUGGAGAUAGAGCUGCUGAAGUAUAGCACUUGUAAAAGCGAAGUUUUCUUUUCCCAAACAGCGUCACAAAUUGGAUUCGGGUGCUUUCAAAAUUUGUCAUGCGCCACUUAGAGCCGGAGCCCCCGGCCCGGGGGCUCAAAGUGGUAUCGAUUCUAUGCAUUUCGCAUCACUUCGACUGUGUCGAUUUCACGCCUGGCACUACCAUACGCAUCGGGGCUGGAAAAAGUGAUGCGCAACAAAACGGUGCAACUCCUGCAGCGGAAAACGAAAAAUCCAGCUCCUCCUCUUCCCUUCAGCUGAUGACACAACGGAAGAUGGGCAGCUUUUUCAACAGAGGCAGUGGUGCAGAAGAG